AGGAUCUCGGGAACCACGCGCGUUGGCCCUCGUCGGCCGCCGUCUCGGUGCUUCUAAGGGUCUGUCAGUUGCUGAGGUGGGACUCGAGGGCGGUAGGCACGGAGGGGAAGUGUUUGGAGAAGUGGUGCGGUGAUCUGUGUCCAGCGGUGAAGAUCGAGGUUAUCGCCAGGCACGGACAUUUGAUGCAGCUCUGAUCUGUUAAGUAUGAGGGAAAGUCUGCCAAACAGCUUCUGGGAAAUGGUUGAGUCCUUGAUCACCAAUCCUAGAGAUCUCAGGCUGGCACUGCAGGGAGACUAGACUGAAGGGCCAAGAUGGGACAAAGUGUUGUCCGGAUUAGACAUGGGGAUGGCAGGCCCAGAGCAGACAGAAGACAGUAUACCCUGCAGUUGGCUAGUCCUUUCUUCAGAACAGGAGAACAUGACCAAGGACCGGGUACCAUUAUCAUUCGAGGAUGUGGCUGUCGGCUUCUCCUGGGAGGAGUGGCAGUUACUGGCUCCAUCUCAGAAGGACCUGUACCGGGACGUGAUGUUGGAGAACUAUAGGAACCUGGUGUCAGUGGGUUAUCAAGCCAGCAAACCAGAUUCACUCUUCCAGUCGUUGCAAGGAGAACCACCAUGGAUGGUAGAGGGAGCAGCUUGGAGUCAGAGCUGUCCAGGUAAGAAACCAUAUGGAUGGAAUAAAUGUGCAGUGAAUUCUUAUGAACCACUCAUGACCUUGCUUCAGAGAACUUGUGCGGGAAAGAAAUCUCAUGAAUGCUGUGAUUGUAGGAAAGCCUUUCCCAGUAAGUUAAAGCUAAUUACUCAUCAACAAACUCACACAGAGGACAGACCAUUUGGGUACAAUCAAUGUCCAAAAGCCUUCAUUACAAAGUCAGCACUCAUCUGUCAUCAGAAAACUCAUCAUAGAGAAGGGAAAUCCUAUGUAUGCAGUAAAUGCGGGAAAGCUUUUCCUUGGGAGUCAAAACUCACCUUACAUCAGAGAACUCAUUCAGGAGAGAGACCCUUCAGAUGCAGAGUAUGUGAUAAAGCCUUUAAGGUUCAGACACAUCUGACUGUACAUCAGAGAACUCACACAGGAGAGAAACCAUACGAAUGCUCAGAUUAUGAGAAAGCCUUCUCAAAAAAGGCUCAGCUCAUAAUCCAUCAGCGAAUUCACACAGGAGAGAGACCAUAUGGAUGUAGUCAAUGUCCAAAAGCCUUCGUUACAAAGUCAGCACUCAUCUAUCAUCUGAAAACUCGUCAUAGAGAAGGGAAAUCCUAUACAUGCAGUAAAUGCGGGAAAGCUUUUCCUUGGAAGUCAAAACUCACUUUACAUCAGAGAACUCAUUCAGGAGAGAGACCUUUCAGAUGCAGAGUAUGUGAUAAAGCCUUCAUGGUUCGGACACAUCUCACUGCGCAUCAGAGAACUCACACAGGAGAGAAACCAUACGAAUGCUCAGAUUGUGAGAAAGGCUUCUCAAAAAAGGCUCAGCUCAUGAUUCAUCAGCGAAUUCACACAGGAGAGAGACCGUAUGGAUGUAGUCAAUGUCAACAAGCCUUCAUCCAGAAGUCAGAUCUCACUAAUCAUAAGAAAACUCAGCAUGUAGUCAGGAAAUCUCAUGGAUGCAGUGAAUGUGGGAAGGUUUUGUCCUCUAAGUCAACUCUUAUUAUACAUCAGAGAACCCAUACAGGUGAGAAGCCCUUCAAAUGCAGUGUAUGUGAUAAAGCUUUCACAUCGAAUGCACAUCUUAUUGUCCAUCAGAGAAUUCAUACAGGAGAGAAACCAUAUGAAUGUUCAGAUUGUGAGAAAGCCUUCUCCACUAAGGCACAUCUUACAAUUCAUCAGCGAAUUCACACAGGAGAAAGACCAUAUGGCUGCAGUGAAUGUCAGCAGGCUUUCAUCCAGAAGUCAGGUCUCACCAUGUGCAAAAUUGUCACGCGAGAGUGAAAUCUCAUGGAUGCAGUGAAUGUGGAAAGGUUUUGUCCUGUAAGUCAACUCUCAUUAUACAUCAGAGAACCCAUACAGGUGAGAAGCCUUUCAAAUGUGAUGUCUGUAAUAAAGCCUUUACAGCUAAAUCCUAUCUCACUGUACAUCAGAGAAUUCAUACAGGAGAGAAACCAUAUGAAUGCUGUGAUUGUAAGAAAGCAUUUGCUACUUUGUCAACUCUCAUUGGGCACCGGAGAACUCACACAGGAGAGAGGCCCUAUGGGUGCAACAGAUGUCCAAAAGACUUCUUCCGGAAGUCAGCUCUUAUUAAUCAUCAGCGAACUCAGCAUAGGAGAAAAUUCUCUAUGCAAUGACUAUCGGAAUGUGAGAAAUCGUUUUUGAUUAAUCCUGUCUAUUCAGAGAACUCAUAUAAAAUAGAAAUGUCAUGAACGCUUUGAUUAUAGUAGACCAUUCUGGAACUUCUAUAGGAAAUGAACCUUCUAGAUGCAAUUAAAGCUGUAAGCCUUUCAUCUGAACACUCCUCUCAGUCUACCGCAGGGAUCGCACCUAAAGAGAGAAACAUUGUAAAUUCAGAGAUUGUCAAAAAUUUCAUUUGAAACUCACAGGCUAUGUGUUUAGGAGGAAACACCUGUGGAUGCAGUGAAAGUGGGAAAUCAUUCUUUUCAAGUCACAUUUGUUAUACAUUAGGAUAUUCGUUCAGGGGAGGGACCCUGCAGUUGUAGUGAGUGCAGAAAAGCCAAGAAAAAUCACAUCUCAUUGUACAUUGUAUUUGACUUUAUUAUUUGUUGGAAUGACAUGUAGGAACAUAAUUUUUAGGAGUUAAUAAAAUUUAUUAAACAUAAAUAUUAUGCUUAUAAUAUUAUAACAUUUUAUUAGACAUAAAAUAUUAAGUAAUAAAAUCUCAUGGAAAUAGAAAUGUUCUAUUUCCUUAUAAAUCAGAAUACCUUAUAAUAUAUAAUUUGACUUAGUAAGAAUACCAAAGCAUUAGACUGCAUAAAUUUGCUGUCCUUAUUUUUACUGUCUUUUGUAGUGUUUCUGCCAAGUGUGAUGAACUAUCACUACUUGAAACUGCUAUUGUUCUAGAGCCUUAUUUCUUAGAUAUGCAAAAGUGAUAAAAGAUUUGCAUGGAAUACUAAAAAAUAAGCAACAUAUGAGACAAAGGGGGAGAAAAGACUUGUGUUCAUGUGUGUGUUCAUGUAUAUUUAUUGCAAGUGCUGUAUAAUGCAGGAACUCUGGAUUUAUUAUGAAAACACUUCCUUGGGCACUAGAAACAUUUUCUCUCUUAGCAUUUCCUAAAAUGCCCAGUAUUUACUAAUAUUAAGGAUAACACUGCAGAAGUUGGAGUUCUUGAAACAUAGCUGGAAUGGAAAGUGGUUCACUUGCUGUGGAAACAAUUUCGCAAUUCCUCUAAAAAGUUAAAUGUAGAAUUACUAUAUGACCCUGGAGUGCCACCUGCAGCUAUCUAUUGAACAUACUUGAAAGCAGGUACUUCGGUACUUCUACAUGAAAGUAGAAGUACUACAGUACUUCUACACUGUUCACAAUAAUCAAAAGGUGGAAGUAAUCCAAGUGUCCAUCAGUGGAUGAAUGGAUCAGCAAAAUGUGGUACGUGUGUGUAUAUACAUGUAUUCACAUAGAUAUACAUAAUGAAUAUUGGUUACCUAUGCAAGUGAAAUGUUGUUGAAUAAACGUAAGCCUCCAAAACAUGAUAACUGAAAGAAGCCAGACACAAAGGACCCCAUAUUGUAUUCCUGUUUAUAUGAAAUGUGGAGAAUAGGUAAAUCUAUAGAGAUGGCAAAUUGGUGGGUUCCAGGGCCUGGGGAGAAGAGAGCAUGGAGACUGACUGAUUAAUGGUUAUGGAUUUGUUUGUUUCUUUUUUAGAAUGAUAAAAAUGGGAACUAGGUAGAGGUGGUAGUUGCAUAACAUUGUGAAUGUAGUAAACAUCACUGGAUUGUAUACUUCGAAAUGCUAAUUUUGUUUUAUGUAUAUUUUUACAUCAAUAACGAAUAUAUUUGGAAAAAGUACCAUUGAAAAACUGUUGA